AUGGCUAGUGGUACAAUCAGCAGCUACAAUCUAGGAGAGCACAUCACCGUUGCUGGCCUUGGCGUGCAGUUGUUAUUCUUCAGCUUUUUCAUGGUUACCUGUGUAACCUUCCACUACCGCAUCCGAAGAAACCCUACUGCCAAAGUGAUCGAGACUCUAAGUCGUGGGAAUGGUAAAGCACAAUGGACGUGGGAGACAGUGCUCGCCGGCUUGUAUAUUGCAAGUAUUCUUAUCUUGGUGCGGUCGAUUUUCCGUUUAAUCGAGUACGCACAAGGCAACAGUGGGUAUCUCAUCAGCCACGAGGUUUUUAUGUACGUCUUCGAUGCAGCCUUGAUGUUCCUGGCGAUGCUGGUCAUGAAUAUCUGUCACCCGACUACCCUGUUAGUUGGCUCACGGAAACAGUACAGUGAUACCCAGAUGGAAUCACUGGGUCAUCAAUCUGAUAAUAACAGCGGCGUCUGA